AUGGAAAACACUUUGCCUGUCAAAGUGAGAAGGGAUGUGAAAAGACAAGAGGAUGAACGUCUAUUGUGCUUCUACGAUAUCUUCUCGAAGCAGGGUGAUACUAGUAAGUUUCAAUGUUCGCAUAAAGCAUCUUCUUAUGCAAUGUGUGGGGCAGAAGGCUAUUAUUCAAAAGAAGCAGUUAAAGAAUUCAUCAAAAAAGUGAUUCCUUUAAUGCAAAAGGGAGAAAAUUGGGCUCUUGGAAGAAUACCAGUAGAGUUGUUAUCAAAGAUUUCAUAUCUUAAUGGAGGUGGUGGUUCUAGAAAGACAACACGUGCAAUCCAAAUCUUUAAAGAUAUAAACAUAGUGGUCUUUACUCAUACGAAUGCAUUAGCUAAAGACUUUCAGAAUGAUCAGCAAAAAUGUCAGAUAAUCUGUUGUGGGGAUGACGCUCAGCCUCCACCAUUCUUCGGAGAAAUGCCUCAUGACUGGUUAAAAAAGCUAAAAGAUGGACACAAACAAAAUUAUCUUAUUCCGAUCCCCAGCUCAUCUGAAAAAAAGGAAUUAGUAAAAAAUGAUAUAAUACACUUACCCUUAAAUACACUCCCUGACAAAUUCUUAAAAGAUAUGUUGGCAGAUAAAAAAGUCAUAGAUUGGGAACUUGGAUAUGCUAUGACUAUUCACACUAGUCAAGGAAUGACCCUUAAAGCUCCACACCAACUCAUUCGGGUUAAAACGUCUCCAUUAUCUUCUGAAAUUGCCCAAGAGAUUGAGAAGGCAAAAAAGAAAAGAUGGCUAAAGUACGAAUUGAGACCAUCUAUUCAGGAAAAACUCAUUGGAUAUAUGGGCCAGGACAAGGAAAAAGGCUGUGAAUUCGAUCUAACAGUCGACUAUAUUCUCAUGUUAAAACAUCUUCAUGAAGACAAAUACGUAUUAUGUCUUAUUGAAAUGAAAUUUGAAUGA